AGAGCAAGAAUCGAGAUUUUGUGAGACGUUUGGUUGCCGCGCCAUGCCAAGAAGUUUUUUUUUUUCGGUAUGCGCUUGUUCGGCUGCCCUUCAAUGGCUCUGCCUGCAGAGCGGCAACACUAAAACCAGCCACUCGCUUUGACAUGCGAUCAAGAGUUGGACCAACAGGCUUGGCGUCAAUCGCAUUGAGUGACACCGGCAACACCGCCUGCUGGUUCUGCCUCUCGACGGCUUGCACACUGUUCAUGGUCACCGUGGUUCUCACGGCGCUUCUGCUGCUGAAUUCCGGUGUUCGAGACGUACGAGAGAAAGAGAUCGAGACCAAGGGUCCCAUUGGAGAUAAUGACGCUGGUUUCAGACGCGGAGGCACCGCAGGUGUACCACGUCCGGCAGCAGCUACUACGUCAUCAAGAGCACCGGCGACUGCCCCUCCAGAUCUCUGGGGAAGGACUGGCAGGAAAUCUACAACCACCACCACCCAGAAACCACUCCCACCAGGCUCUCUCAUCUGCACUGUGCAAGAGGAUUUCGACGUGACCUCCUACGUGCCUGCGCCUGACGGAUUGUGCACCAUCACAGUGUUCGACUCCCUGUACACGCCCGAAGGAAGCAUGCUGAUUCCACCCUACAACGAAGACUUCGAAGUUUUUCUCGAGACAGCCAGGGAGAGUGAGAAAACCGAGUACGCCAUAGGCUUCGACGCAAACUCUACCAUGAGAAACGAGACCGCGAUGGAAGAACUUGUGCGAAACGCCACGACAAUAAAUUUCUUGGAAUACUUCUGGGAACAAAACCACAUCUACCACUACGCCCAAGUGAACGCACCUUUGAGAUCGACCACAGUAAACGCCGCAACGUCCGUCGAAUACGCGGCCAAAAGCUUGAGGAUGAUUUCCAACUUGAUGAAAUUUAAGAAAAGCCCCACGGACCGACCAAGCUAUACGAUUAUAUUCCACACGCUGUACUCGCACCUAAACGGAGAACUCGUCGCUCAAAAACUGAGGGCAUUUCAUGUGGACAUUUUUGUGGUUAUCGCAUACCAUGCCGAGGCUGACAACUGGUACACUGAUUGUCGACUCAUUCCACCAACUAUAUUGUCAUCGGAGCUCCUGGACCCUCCGUUUAGCAAUUCUUUAUACCCUGUCCGCCUGGCCGACUCCAUUUACCACCUUCAUCACAAGCAUUAUUUGUGGCCUUCCACCACGACGUACGCUGUGGCCGUGGGGUUGGGUGGCCGCUGGUAUGUGCCACUGUACUCUGACUUUGCCCCAAAUGACCCCGGGAAUUACACCCUCGGGCAGAAAUGCCGACCUCGCAAGCCAACGGAAGACGACCAAAUCGCCAACAUUGCCGAGGCUUGCAAGAAUCCCGCAUUAAACAACACAUUCCAACUGGACCGAGAGUUCCAAGCGCUCGUGGCGUACAACAAGACGGAGAGGUUGUUCUUUACGUACGACAGUGCUUCAAGCCUGCGCUAUAAGUUGUGCACAACUAAGGCCAACAUGACGGACUUGAAGUAUACGCUAGCCGCCGCAGAUGUCCAGUUCGAGGACGCCAGUAACACCUGCGGCUACGGCUCCUUCCCACGGCUGCGCAUGCUCAAGAAAUUAGCCGAGUUCUUCGCCUUCAGGUACACGUCCAGAACACAGCGGACAUCGUGCCUGGAACUCAAGGAGGAUGAUGCCCGUGGCUAAUCGCAGUCGUUUGAUAACAGUUUCGUGAUUUUGCGAAUAAAACUUGUGUUCCUUG